ACGGCAAACGGUGACAAAAUAUAUACAACACGAGAGAUGUGCAGUUCUGUAUCAGUUUUUAGGAUGAAAAGGAGCCUCUUUUGGGGCACGGCGGACGUAAAGUACGUAAAGGGAGUCUAUCAAGGUCUUAUCAAAUAAUAUCAAAAAGACCUUCAUACGAACUUCAUCUGAACCAGGAAACUAAUCAGAAACCAAAGAAAAUGCAACCGCCAGAUCUAUGUCGAAAUAUUAUGGGAGAUUGGGGAAAAUGGCAGCUUCGAUCAGUAUUAAUAAUCUUCCUCGUCAAAAUUCCUGCUUCCUGGUUCAUGGCCUGCAUCAUCUUCACGGCUCCUGCACCAAAACACGGAGAAUUCUGGUGUCAGCCGCCUGAAGAUAUUCGAUACCACAAUGCAACUAGGAAAUGGAUAAAAAUUUCACAUCCUGUAAAGCGACGGGAUAAAAAUGAUGGCAAGGAAGUAUCAGAUCAGGAAUUCGUGAUAGACUUCUGCAAUGUCUACGACGAUGCGAGGGAGCAUGCUAGGGACUGGGCCAACCUCUCUCUCUCGGUGACUGAUCCGGGAGAAUUUUCUCCCAGAAAUGCCAGUGUUGUUCCAUGUGAUAGAUUUGAACACCACACGCACUACACGUCUCUGGUCACGCAGUUUGAUUUGGUGUGCUCCCGAGAUAUUUUAGUAGCAGUCACUCAAUUCUUUCAUCUUUUCGGAAUUCUUCUCGGCGGCAUUUUUGCUACGAAAUUAAUUGAAGGGUAUAGUCCUCGACGUGUUAUGCUCUCAGGGAUGUUAGCCCAGGUGGGUUGCGGUGUUCUUACUGGAACUGUAACUGUUUUUGAAAUUCAUAUGUUUUUCCGUUUCCUCUCUGCUUGUUGUUGCUCUCUUAUGGUAACUGGAGGUGCUGUGAUAUUCUGUGAUAUUACCGGAGGCAAAUAUACAACUGCUGCUCUGGCACUGUAUGAGCAGUUCUGGUCAAUAGGUGUUAUUAUGCUUCCGGGUUUAGCUAGUAUGUUUACCAGUUGGUCUCAUCUCUAUAUGGCCAUAUCCAUACCAACUGUAUUCUUAUCAUUAUUACUUAAAUGGGUACCUGACUCACCUUCAUGGAUGAUCAAAAAAGGCUACGUAUUAGAUGCUCAAUGGAUUUUAGAAGAUGCUGCCAGAGUCAAUAAACGCCAAGAGCACUUGCCUUCUGACUUGGAAGUCCAACUGCAAGGAUUGGCUGCAGCAGCGAAAACAGCUGAUCCACCACCAAAAUGGUCUCAUAUCUUUAGAGGCCCAAGAGCCAAAAUUAAUCAGCUAGGUCUACAUGUUUCAUGGCCAAUUCAUGUAACUUGUUAUUAUGGAACUUUGCUGAAUAUUAGAAGUUUUGGUAGAGAUCAUCUGUACAUAAACACAGCUAUUGCAGGAAUAUGUGAAAUUCUCGGCGUGACGAUCUGCAUGCUUAUAAUUAUGUUUACCAAAAAGAAGUGGGUGUGGGCAGGUCAUUUGUCAAUCGUUGGUGGAUUGAUAUCUUGUUUCUCGUGGUUCCUGCCUAGUACCUUAUCCGGCAACUAUGAAAUUGCUGCUUGGAUGCUGAUGGCAAUGCCAUGCAAAAUAGUUCUAUCAGCAACCUUGGCAUUAUUGUUUGCUUGCACAAGUGAAUUAGUUCUUCCUGAAAUGAGACCCAUGACUGGAUUUUCUACUGUCACUUGGGCUAGAUUUUGGCUGCUUAGUGGACCUUUUAUUGGAGUCCUGUCUAUAUUUGGGGUGCCAGCAUCAAUGACCGCUUUUGGCGCACUGACUGCUGUAGGAGGCAUUUUCACUCUGAUUUUAAGGACACCAGAAGUUUCAGAAAAAGUAGUACCUGAAAUGCCUAAUAAUAAGGUAAGUGCUCUGGAUCCAACAAAUGCUGCAGUUUGGACGGUACCUGUGGAUGAAGACAAAACGAGACUUUGAAAAAAAUCGUAGGUGAUUGUAAAUAAUAUUACGAAGGUGAGCCUUUUAAUCAGGAUUUUAGUUUUAAAAAUAUUUGGUGUUUAAACAGUGAAUUAAAUACAAAUAAUAU